GUCGCCAGCAGUUCCUAAUUUAUUUCUCUUAUAUCGGUUCCUGGCGGCAGUCUAACUUUGCUUUUUCAGUAGUUCAGACGUGAUUUCUAAUAAUUUUUCAACAUGGACAGUAGUGACGUUGUGAUCGUAUCGGCAGUCAGAACACCGAUAGGAUCUUUUUUUGGUUCCUUGUCUUCACUGAAAGGAUCAGAUUUGGGAAGUAUUGUAAUAAAGGAAAGUCUUGCAAGAGCUCAAAUAGAACCUACAGAUGUUUCUGAAAUUAUAAUGGGACAGGUAUUAACUGCUGGUCAAGGUCAAAAUCCCGCCAGACAGGCAGCAAUCAAAGCUGGCAUUCCCCCAUCUACACCUGCUCACCUAGUCAACAUGCUAUGUGGCUCUGGUUUAAAGGCAAUUAUAAAUGGCUAUGCAUCGAUAAAAAUAGGAGAGAACCAAAUUGUUGUAGCUGGUGGCCAGGAAAAUAUGAGCCAAGCCACACAUGUGACGUACCUGAGAAAUGGAGUGAAAAUGGGAGACUGUAAUUUGAUAGAUACUUUAAUCUUUGAUGGUUUAACAGAUGCAUUCCUUGGUAUUCAUAUGGGAAUAACAGCUGAAAAUGUUUCUAAGGACUUCAACGUGAGUAGAGAAGAACAAGACGAAUACGCAGCUAAAUCUCAACAAAAAGUAGAGGCUGCAAUUACUGCAGGGCACUUCAAUAAGGAGAUCGUCCCUGUUACAGUGCCUACUAGAAAAGAACAUAUAAUAGUAGAUCGUGAUGAAUUUCCGAAGUUUGGAACAACAAUUGAAAGUCUCCAAAAAUUAAAACCUGCUUUUCUAAAAGUUGAAGGUACAGUUACUGCUGGUAACUCCUCGGGUAUCAAUGAUGGAGCAGCAGCAGUAGUUCUCAUGACAGCAACCACUGCUGCAAAGAGGGGACUUUCUCCACUAUGUAAAAUUGUCGCGGUGGCUCAAGUUGGAGUGGAACCAAGAAUUAUGGGUACAGGUCCCAUACCAGCGGUCAAGCUGGUGUUGCAAAAAGCAAAGUGGACGAAAGAAGAAGUCGAUUUAUACGAACUGAAUGAAGCUUUCGCAGCCCAAGCAAUAGCUUGUGUAAAAACCCUCGGGUUAGAUCCCAAUAAAGUUAAUACAAACGGUGGAGCUAUUGCUUUAGGUCAUCCUAUUGGUGCAUCAGGUGCACGAGUAUUAGUAACUUUGUUACAUUCUUUAGAAAGAACUGGAGGAAAUAAAGGUAUUGCUGCCUUGUGUGUAGGUGGAGGAAUGGGAAUAGCAAUUGCCGUUGAAAGAAAAUAACAGACGCUUUAUCUCACUAGACGUACUUACGUUACAAAAUGGAAUUUUGUUAGCAUCUAUGCAUUGUUGUUUAAUAACAAUAUUUUGUUAUAUUUUUAAAAACGCUAUAAGAAAAUAAUGUUUUUAUUAUUAAUCCGUUGAGUGA